UGUCCAUUUAUUCCUGACGAUGGGUAUCUCAUAGAAAAUAAUUGUACUGUUGUACCUUGUUAUCCACGAUGGGACAAAAAUGGUUUGACCAGCAAAGACAAAAAACACAAACCUGCAGAUCAGCAUUCUUGUGUAAGUCACAAAAUGAAUUAAUCUACAGAGGAGAGUCUGAGUAAGGAACGAGGAAGUAGAUGAAAUAUGAGAGAUGUGGGCGUCACUUGUGUCAAACUGUGAGAUACCACAAACGCAGUUUUGCAAAACAGAUGCACAGUUGACUGUGAAGGGAAAUGAAGAUGGCUAGAUACCGCACAAUGAUGGAGUUGCUCUUCAGUCUUUGGAUACUUUUAGAGGGUGAUUCAGAUGUUAAAUGCCGGGACGACAACGGCAAUGAGGUGGACUGGUAUAUUUUAUACAAAUUGCCCAAGUCUGAUUCCCGUUUUACAUAUCUGUACAUGGAUGAGAGCACCAACGGAUGGAAGACAAGCAAAGAGGCAAUCAACAGUAAAUCUGGUACUCUGGCAAACACCCUGAAACCUCUUCUUGACUUCUACGACAAAAAGAAUGAAGGUUUUGGAUACAUGCUCUAUAAUGAUCAACCUCCGGUUCUAAAUAGUGUUUCUUCAUCAUUUGGCCACAGUAAAGGAGUUGUGUUGUUGGACAAACGAACCGGGGUUUGGCUCUCACACAGUACACCAAAAUUCCCAACAUAUCGGAGCAAAGACUUCUGGCCAGCCAGUGGAAAUGUCAAUGCUCAAACGUUUAUGUGUGUGACUUACUCCUAUGGGGAAUUCAAAGAAAUAGGAUUACAGCUCAAGUACAUCCAUGCUUAUUCAUAUGACUAUGACAUCCCAACAACCUUCCACGCUGAGCUGCGAUGUGUUGCACAGCGAAGCUGCUACCCAGAGAAGGAACCCUGGUUUCGUGUGAAGGAGCUGACUUCAAUGAACGGACGUCCUUUCUCCAGCUUUGCAAAAUACACACGUUUUGGGGAUGAUCUUUACUCUGGCCUUAUUGUGAAGUAUUUGGAGCAGAACCUGAAGGUCAAGAGCUGGGGAAAGAUGCGUGACCCUCUGCCUUCUAACUGCAGCUCCAGCAUCCCUCAUCAUGUGUACAAUGUGGAGGAGGUAGAGCUCCUGAAGGGGAAGCCCUUCAGUGAUACUGUAGAUCACUCCAAGUGGUGUGUGACUACUAGUGGUGACUGGACCUGCAUAGCUGAUAUGAACAGGGAAACCAGUCAGAUGAAAAGAGGUGGCGGAGCAAUAUGCAUUGAAAACAAUGCAGUUGCGAAGGCUUUCAGAACCAUAAUCAAAUCGUAUGAACGAUGUAAACUUGCACCUCCACAUUCUGAUGCUCAAGACAGAGAGCUAUGACGGCAAGACCCUUCAUGGAAAUGUAAGAACAGUUUUUCUGCACGACUAUAAUAUAACACAUGUGUUAAAUGCAGAUCUUAUAAUUUAUUUAAUGUUUUAAAUGCAACAUUUUUAACUUGAAACAAGCCCCAUUAGUGGAGUAAAACGUAAAUAAAAUAUUGUCACUUUGCAUUAAGGAAACUGUUCAUUUUCAUGUAAAGAUUAAAAUUCAACUACCAAUUCUUUAGCCUUAAAUUUUACUUACAUAAAUGUAAUUUGUUAUUUUCCUACUCUGUAAACAAGUUAUUGUUAUUUUUGGUUUGUAUUAUCUUUUCAUGCUUUAUUGUCACUACUAUGAGGAGCAAUAUUAAUAAAAUGCUGAUGAUUUGAGUUGUUAAUAAAUACACUGAUUGUGUUGCACUAUAUUGUGCAGAGAAACUUUUACCCCUUCAGCAGAUUAAUGGGAACUUUUCUUAUAUACAUCUUUCUGCACAGCAAUGAUCAAACAUCCAAGAGAAGUAACAAACAUUUUUGAGUGGAAGGAGGCUUUAAGAAUCAUACUUGGAUGUACUGACAAUAGGUACUGACCCAAAAACGUCACUCAAAAC